AUGGCUAGAGCAAUAGGUAUUGAUUUGGGUACAGCAUAUUCAUGCGUUGCUGUAUUUCAGCAUGGUAAAGUUGAAAUCAUUCCUAAUGAACAAGGAAAUCGAACAACACCAUCUUAUGUUGCAUUCACCAAUGAUGGACGUUUAAUUGGUAAUGCAGCUAAAAAUCAAGCAUCUAUUAAUUCAAAUAAUACUAUCUUUCAUGCUAAACGACUUAUUGGUUGUAAAUUCCAUGAUCCAACUGUACAAGCUGAUAUGAAACAUUGGCCAUUUAAAAUAGUAAAUGAUGUUGAUAAAUUAAAGAUUUUAGUUGAAUAUAGAAACGAAACAAAAUUAUUUACACCUGAAGAAAUCUCGGCAAUGAUAUUAACAAAAAUGAAAGAAAUAGCCGAGACUUAUCUUGGUAAAAAAGUUACCGAAGCUAUUAUUACCGUUCCGGCUACUUUCAAUGAUUCACAACGUCAAGCAACAAAAGAUGCUGGUGUUAUUGCUGGUUUUAAUGUAUUACGUAUUAUUAAUGAGCCAACAGCUGCUGCUGUUGCUUAUGGUUUAGAUAAAAAAAUAUCUGCCGAACGAAAUAUAUUAGUUUUUGAUUUGGGUGGUGGUACUUUUAAUGUAUCAGUUUUAAAAAUUGAAGAAGGGAUCUUCGAAGUUAAAUCAACAGCUGGUAAUACACAUUUAGGUGGUGAAGAUUUUGAUAAUCAAAUGGUUGCAUAUUUUAUGCAAGAAUUUAAACGCAAACAUGGUAAAGAUUUAUUACAAAAUAAACGUGCUAUUCAACGACUACGUACCGCUUGUGAAUCUGCUAAACUUACUUUAUCGUCAUCAUCUCAAGCAUCAAUUGAAAUUGAUUCAUUUCACGAAGAUAUUGAUUUCUAUUCAACAAUAACUCGUACUCGUUUUGAGGAAAUUAAUGAUCAUUUAUUUCGUUCCACACUUGAAUCUGUUGAAAAGGCUUUACGUGAUGCUAAAAUGGACAAAUCAGUUAUACAUGAAAUUGUGUUGAUUGGUGGUUCAACACGUAUUCCAAAAGUACAAAAACUUCUACAAGAUUUCUUUAAUGGUAAAGAAUUAAAUAAAUCAAUUAAUCCGGAUGAAGCUAUUGCUUAUGGUGCUGCUGUACAAGCAGUUAUAUUAACAGGUGAUAAAUCUGAAUAUGUUAAAGACUUACUUUUACUUGAUAUUGCACCACUUUCAUUGGGUAUUGAAACUGCUGGUGGUGUAAUGACAGUAUUACUUAAACGUAAUACAACAAUUCCAACAAAACAGACACAAACAUUUACAAUUUCUUCAUAUGAUCAAUCUGGUGGUACUGUGGCAGAAUUAGUUACCGUCGAUCGAGAAAAUUCAACUAAACAAACAGAAACCAUGGCAAAUUCUUCAAAAACACAAUUUAGUGUUGAUAUUAAAGUAUUUGAAGGUGAACAUUCAUUGACAAGAGACAAUCAUUUACUUGGUUAUUUCACACUUUCUGAUAUUUCAUUAGCAUCUAAUAGUGUACCACAAAUUGAAGUUACAUUUGACUUUGAUGCAAAUAGUAUUUUGAAUGUCUCAGCUGUAGAUAAAACUUCUGGAAAAGAAAAUAAGAUAACAGUCACAAAUGAUAACGGUCGAUUAUCGAAACAAGACAUUGAAUACAUGAUUGCUGAUGCUGAAAAAUAUAGAAAAGAAGAUGAAAUACAACAUGAACGUAUAUUAGCGAAAAAUUCACUAGAAUCAUAUUGUUUUAAUAUGAAAGCAAUAAUUAGUGAUAAAAAAUUCACAGAUAAAAUGGACGUGCAUGACAAGAAGAAAAUGAUCGAUACCAUUAAAGACACAAUAAAAUGGUUGGAAAUAAAUCAAUUUGCGACAAAAGAAGAAUUUGAAUAUAAAUUAAAAGAAGUUGAAAAACUCUGUUCAUCAAUAAUGAGAAAACUUUAG